AUGGCCUUCGAAACCAAAGCCACCAUCGCCUCCUUCGGGGGCAAGCUGUUCAAGCUCUCGCACCAGUCCGAAGAGACGACGACCCCGAUGGCCGUGAACCUCUACCUGCCGCCGCAGAGCUUCGCCUCGGACCCGCCGCCGCGGGUGCCCGUGCUCUUCUACCUCUCGGGCCUGACGUGCACGCCCGAGAACUGCUCCGAGAAGGGCUUCUUCCAGCACCGCGCCUCGCAGCUCGGCCUCGCCGUCGUGUACCCGGACACGUCCCCGCGCGGGCUCGGCCACCCGGGCGAGACGGACUCGUGGGACUUCGGCGCCGGCGCCGGCUUCUACGUCGACGCCACCCGCGACCCCUGGCGCCGCGGCUACCGCAUGGAGAGCUACGUCGCCCGCGAGCUGCCCCGCGCCCUCUUCGGCGACCCGCAGUACGGCCGCUUCCUGGACCCGGACCGCGUCUCCAUCACGGGCCACUCGAUGGGCGGCCACGGCGCCCUGACGCUCUACCUCAAGAACCCGGGCCUCUACAAGAGCGUCAGCGCCUUCGCCCCCAUCGCCAACCCCUCCCGCUGCCCCUGGGGCGAGAAGGCCUUCUCGGGCUACCUCGGCCCGGACCGCGACGAGUGGAAGAAGCACGACGCCACCGAGCUCAUCCGCGCCUGGAAGGGCGGCGACCUCAAGGCCCUCGUCGACGUCGGCACCGCAGACAACUUUUACAAGCAGGGACAGCUGCUGCCCGAGAACUUGGAGAAGGCCGCCAAGGAGGCCGGCGUGGAGGGCUUGACAGUGCGGUAUCACGAGGGGUACGAUCACUCGUACUACUUCAUGGCAACCUUUAGCGAUGAUCAUGUCAACCACGCGGCAAAGCACCUGGGUUUGCUUUGACGAGGAGAAGGGUAAAGAGGGAGGGUGUGAUUGAAGAGGAGAAGGAUGAGGAGGAACCGGUGGGUAAUGCUUUUUUUUUGUUUGUUUGGACGGUUUGUACAGAGGAGGACGGCGGUAAGUUAAGUACAUGAAAGGUCAGCCAUGGAUCAAACGGAGAAAAAAAAAUAAAAAAUAAAAUAAAGCAAUACGAUGUGG